AUGGGAGCUACAGGAGUACUUCUGGGCACACACUGUGUUGCCUUGUUCCUCCUUCAGAUGGUAGCACGGAGUUCAGAAGCAUUCACAGUGACUGGAUUGACUAAGCCAGUCUUGGCUCCAGUGGGUGGAACACUUGAACUCAGUUGUCAGUUGUCCCCACCACAAGAUGCACAGCACAUGGAGAUUCGCUGGUUCAGGAACCGCUACACACAGCCUGUGCACCUGUACAGGGAUGGUAAAGACCUGCAUGGAGAAACCAUCCCCAAGUAUGUGGAGCGGACUGAACUGCUGAAAGAUGACAUUGGAGAAGGGAAAGUGACCCUCAGGAUCUUUAGCGUGACUGUUGAUGAUGAUGGACCAUACCACUGUGUCUUCAAAGAUGGAGAAUUCUAUGAAGAGCACAUCACAGAGGUCAAGGUCACAGCCACAAGCUCAGACAUACAGAUUCUUCUGCAUCCCCCGAAUACCAAAGGAGUGAUGUUGGAGUGUCAUUCAGGGGGCUGGUUCCCACUGCCUCAUAUGGAAUGGAGAGACAGCAAAGGAGAAGUCAUUCCAGAGACAUCCAAAUCCCACUCACAGGAUGGAAACAAACUGUUCAACAUGACAAUGGCCCUUUUUAUUAACACCAGCUCCUACCAGAGGGUCACUUGCUAUCUUCAAGACCGUCAAAGUCUCCAAGAAGAAAGCACAAGUAUCAUCCUAUCAGGUGAACUAUUUGCCUGGAAAAGUGUUUGGAUAUGGAUUCUGAGUAUGAUAACAUUUAUGCUAAUACCCUUCCUCAUGACUUCCUGUGCUCAUCAACAUUUCAUACGAGAUCGUUUCUCCGUGAAAAAUUAUCCUUGGAUAAAGAGUGCAAUGGCAUUCCUGGGUUCGAUGGUUGAAAUUAUAGGAGUCAUUCUCAUCUUGCAUCUAAACCAAAGAGCCUUAGUUUCAGACUCAUAUUUUGAAUUGGAUACUUUUUGGUUGGAAGAUAUUAGUGUGAUCUUCUUUGUGUUGAUAGUGUUCAAGAUCAAGCUCAUUUCAUUUAUUUACUUCAGAUUGAAAGGUAAAUAUGAUGGGAAUGGUGACUGUUCAAAAGAUUUAGUUCAUGUGACUGAUGCUCAGAUGUCUAGAAGGUGUCCUUCUGUCUUAGUUCUUACCCACAUAUCUGCCUCCUGCAUCUUUAUUGAUAACGAAUAUUUAGCGUGUGCUUCAUCUGGUGUCCAACUUUUGUGGCUUGAAAGCAUGAGACAGCUACUCAUCCAUGGCUUUGUGGUCGUUGCUGGCAGCUGCUGCUUGUGGCCACAAGUACAGCCACCAGAGUCAGCAGGUUUUUCCUCCCUUACAUCAAGCCCUCUGAGCGAGGCUGGCGUUUUCUGUUGCAGCCUUUCUACAACAGUCUCUACAUGCCCCAAACUCCACAGGGACCUGGGCUCUAAAUGCUGCCAGCGUUAG